AUGAGUUUCCGGUUGGCUAUCUUGCUCCGUCGAGCAGAAUCGCUGUACUCCACCCUCCAGAUGGCCAUAUUUCUGAAAACAAAUCGCCUUGCCAAUGUCCGUAUAAUAUUUACGUCUGUUCGUAUCUAUCUAUCUAUCUGUCUGUCUGUUCAUAUCUAUCUCAGUCUGUUGGUAUGUAUAUAUGUAUUUAUGUAUCUAUCUCAUUCAGUUCAUCUGUCUGUUCAUCUAUCUAUCUAUCUGUCUGUCUGUUCAUAUCUAUCUCAGUCUGUUGGUAUGUAUAUAUGUAUUUAUGUAUCUAUCUCAUUCAGUUCAUCUGUCUGUUCGUAUCUAUCUAUCUAUCUGUCUGUCUGUUCAUAUCUAUCUCAGUCUGUUGGUAUGUAUAUAUGUAUUUAUGUAUCUAUCUCAUUCAGUUCAUCUGUCUGUUCGUAUCUAUCUAUCUAUCUGUCUGUCUGUUCAUAUCUAUCUCAGUCUGUUGGUAUGUAUAUAUGUAUUUAUGUAUCUAUCUCAUUCAGUUCAUCUGUCUGUCGUAUCUAUCUAUCUAUCUGUCUGUCUGUUCAUAUCUAUCUCAGUCUGUUGGUAUGUAUAUAUGUAUUUAUGUAUCUAUCUCAUUCAGUUCAUCUGUCUGUUCGUAUCUAUCUAUCUAUCUGUCUGUCUGUUCAUAUCUAUCUCAGUCUGUUGGUAUGUAUAUAUGUAUUUAUGUAUCUAUCUCAUUCAGUUCAUCUGUCUGUUCAUCUAUCUAUCUAUCUGUCUGUCUGUUCAUAUCUAUCUCAGUCUGUUGGUAUGUAUAUAUGUAUUUAUGUAUCUAUCUAUUCAGUUCAUCUGUUGUAUCUAUCUAUCUAUCUGUCUGUCUGUUCUAUCUAUCUCAGUCUGUAUCUAUCUCAUUCAGUUCAUCUGUCUAUUAUCUAUCUAUCUAUCUAUCUGUCUGUUCUAUCUAUCUCAGUCUGUUGGUAUGUAUAUAUGUAUUUAUGUAUCUAUCUCAUUCAGUUCAUCUGUCUGUUCGUAUCUAUCUAUCUAUCUGUCUGUCUGUUCAUAUCUAUCUCAGUCUGUUAUCUGUAUAUAUGUAUUUAUGUAUCUAUCUCAUUCAGUUCAUCUGUCUGUUCGUAUCUAUCUAUCUAUCUGUCUGUCUAUCUAUCUCAGUCUGUUGGUAUCUGUAUCUAUCAUUCAGUUCAUCUGUCUGUUAUCUAUCUAUCUAUCUGUCUGUCUGUUCAUAUCUAUCUCAGUCUGUUGUAUGUAUAUAUCUAUCUAUCUCAUUCAGUUCAUCUGUCUGUUCUAUCUAUCUAUCUAUCUGUCUGUCUGUUCUAUCUAUCUAUCUAUCUAUCUCAUUCAGUUCAUCUGUCUGUUCGUAUCUAUCUAUCUAUCUGUCUGUCUGUUCAUAUCUAUCUCAGUUAUAUAUGUAUUUAUGUAUCUAUCUCAUUCAGUUCAUCUGUCUGUUCGUAUCUAUAUCUAUCUAUCUGUCUGUCUGUUCAUAUCUAUCUCAGUCUGUUGGUAUGUAUAUAUGUAUUUAUGUAUCUAUCAUUCAGUUCAUCUGUCUGUUCGUAUCUAUCUAUCUAUCUGUCUGUCUAUCUAUCUCAGUCUGUUGGUAUGUAUAUAUGUAUUUAUGUAUCUAUCUAUUCAGUUCAUCUGUCUGUUCGUAUCUAUCUAUCUAUCUGUCUGUCUGUUCAUAUCUAUCUCAGUCUGUUGGUAUGUAUAUAUGUAUUUAUGUAUCUAUCUCAUUCAGUUCAUCUGUCUGUUCGUAUCUAUCUAUCUAUCUGUCUGUCUGUUCAUAUCUAUCUCAGUCUGUUGGUAUGUAUAUAUGUAUUUAUGUAUCUAUCUCAUUCAGUUCAUCUGUCUGUCUGUAUCUAUCUAUCUAUCUGUCUGUCUGUUCAUAUCUAUCUCAGUCUAUGUAUAUAUGUAUUUAUGUAUCUAUCUCAUUCAGUUCAUCUGUCUGUUCGUAUCUAUCUAUCUAUCUGUCUGUCUGUUCAUAUCUAUCUCAGUCUGUUGGUAUGUAUAUAUGUAUUUAUGUAUCUAUCUCAUUCAGUUCAUCUGUCUGUUCGUAUCUAUCUAUCUAUCUGUCUGUCUGUUCAUAUCUAUCUCAGUCUGUUGGUAUGUAUAUAUGUAUUUAUGUAUCUAUCUCAUUCAGUUCAUCUGUCUGUUCGUAUCUAUCUAUCUAUCUGUCUGUCUGUUCAUAUCUAUCUCAGUCUGUUGGUAUGUAUAUAUGUAUUUAUGUAUCUAUCUCAUUCAGUUCAUCUGUCUGUUCGUAUCUAUUCAUCUAUCUGUCUGUCUGUUCAUAUCUAUCUCAGUCUGUUCUAUGUAUAUAUGUAUUUAUGUAUCUAUCUCAUUCAGUUCAUCUGUCUGUUCGUAUCUAUCUAUCUAUCUGUCUGUCUGUUCAUAUCUAUCUCAGUCUGUUGGUAUGUAUAUAGUAUUUAUGUAUCUAUCUCAUUCAGUUCAUCUGUCUGUUCGUAUCUAUCUAUCUAUCUGUCUGUCUGUUCAUAUCUAUCUAGUCUGUUGGUAUGUAUAUAUGUAUUUAUGUAUCUAUCUCAUUCAGUUCAUCUGUCUGUUCGUAUCUAUCUAUCUAUCUGUCUGUCUGUUCGUAUCUAUCUAUAUAUCUAUCUCAGUCUGCUCAAAGUUAUCUAUUUAAUCUUUUAUUAUCUAUCUAUCUAUCUAUCUAUCUAUCUAUCUAUCUAUCUAUCUAUCUAUCUGUCUGUCUUAUGUUCAUAUCUAUCUAUCUAUCUAUCUACCUAUCUAUUCUCAGACUGUUCAUAUCAAUCUGUCUAUUUAAUCUCUUCAUAUCUAUCUAUCUAUCUAUCUAUCUAUCUAUCUAAUCUGUUGAUAUCUAUCUAUUCCCAGUCUGUUCAUAUCUAUCUAUCUAUCUAUCUAUCUAUCUAUCUAUCUAUCUAUCUAUCUGAUUCAGUUCAUCUAUGUUCAUAUCUAUCUAUCUAUCUAUCUAUCUAUCUAUCUAUCUAUCUAUCUAAUCUGUUGAUAUCUAUUCCCAGUCUGUUCAUAUCUAUCUAUCUAUCUAUCUAUCUAUCUAUCUAUCUAUCUAUCUAUCUAUCUAUCUAUCUAUCUAUCUGA